GCCAACGCGCGGAGUCGGCGGGAAAGUUUAAAUGGCGGCGCUUGCGCGGGUUUGAAGUGAACGCCCGUCUCGUCUUUCCUGCCCUGCCGCCCUCAGUCGGCCGGGGCCAGACGCCAGACGCCAGACGCCAGACGCCAGCUUAACGGCAUAAUGGGCUUGAAAGCCUUCAUGUACCCUCUGCCAGAGACACGGUUGAUCCAUGCGGGGAGGACCGUUUACAAACUCAAAAUGCGUUACAGUCACCACAUCAGAGAAGACUUGGGAAUAAACAGAGAGCAAGUUGGACAAGAGUUAGAGGAAUCUAUUCGUGCAGUGCUUGGAAAUUUAGACAAUCUGCAACCAUUUACCACAGUGCAUUUCACCAUCUUCCCAUAUAAAAACAAGUGGGAGAGAUUGUCGGAACUGCGGUUUAAACAAGGAAGCAGAGUCCUCAACUCUUAUCCAUAUGUGUGCACCUUGUAUAUUGAACUGAGAGCCAGUCAACAGCAUUUAUACGCAGCUAAGCAUGAGAGUCCUCGGACUGACUGUAGCCUUGCUGAGAAUCUGACUGGAGGGGCGGUGGCCACAGUAGCGAAUGGAGCAAAGAAGAAGGAAGUAGGGAGGUCACAGUUGCCACGGAGUAGAAAAAGGGCGCGGAGUGCCACUGACAUCAACGAUAAAGAGUACACGAACGACUCAAGCAAGGCAGACAACAAGAAGAGACAGAAACAGGUGAAGAGACCAGACCAAAUCAUCACUGCAUGUGGCAGGCAGGCCAGCUCUACUGUGUCCGAUGGGACUCCUGAUGCCGUGGUCCUUUCCAAUGACAGAGACUGCAGGCAGCCAAAGCCCGACCCGCUGAAGGCCAUCGUGGUAGGAAUCUUCAGGCUUUUAAGCAGCGCCUUCCUCCCAUUCCGCGUGAUUUUUGGCACAAGGCGACCACAAUAGCAGCUGCCACCUCCGAGGCGUGAGGAUCGAGGUGCAACCGAAGCAGGGCUUCAGAUGUCUGCUUGAACACUGACUGUUUGCAUUGUUUCAGGACAGUUAGCUCAGCCAGGUUUCUUUCAAAAUGCAUUUGGAAAUAUUGUAAGUAUGAUUCAGGGUUAUUGAAUUGGAACGUUACUGUGAGCAGAAGUGAUCUCUGUCCGUCUUUGUUAUUUUUUUUGUGAGUGUAUUUGAGAAAUAGUUUUGCUGUGACUGUCAAACAGAUGAGUAUAGUUAAACCCAGCUCUCUUCCAGCACCCCCUUCCCUGGCACUCAUGUCCCUUUGCAACCAUGGUACUGGUCAGGAACCUAUUCUGAUCCACCUCCCCCGCCCCCCCCCCCCCCCCGCUUCCAUGGCUAGAGGCUGGUUGACCCCCUCCUUUCUUUGACCUAGGGGUGCUUAGGUCUACACGACUACGCUAGAGGUCUUUUUGCUGCCCUAGCUCUGAUCGAACCUGUGGUUUCACUGUUCAUUUCAUGCUGAGAGAGUUUCCCAUCUUGUUAAAAUGUCAUUUUGGUGAAGCAUGUGGCUGAUAUAAAGCUGGUGUUGCCUUCUGUGUCGUUUGUUGUAUAAUAAAUAAACCUGUUUGGAGGACACUCGUAUCUCAGCCCUCCCUCCUGAACUACCAAAGCACUCCACCCCCUGACUUCACACAGAGCUGCAAAGUCACGUUCACUGUCAUAUGCACAAAACCACAAGGAGCAACGUCACUCAGCAGCCACUUUAGUAGCUGCACCUCAUCUGAGUGUGAUUAACAGCACGUUACAGGCCCUUCAGCCCACAAUGUUGUGCUGACCACGUACCCCACUCUAGAGAUGGCGUAGAAUUUCCCUAAUGUAUAGCCCUCUAUUUUUCUGUGCUACAUGAACCUAUCUAAGAGGCUCUUAAAAGACCCUAUUGUAUCUGCUUCCACCACUGUCGCUGGGCAGUACAUUCCACGCACCCACCUCUCUGUGUAGAAAACUUACCCUGACAUCCCCUCAGUAUCUACUUCCAAGCACCUUAAAACCAUGCCCCCUCGUGUUAGCCUCUGUCUAUCCACACGAUCAAUGCCUCUCAUCACCUUAUACACCUCUCUUCUCACUGUAUAUUUAUUGGGAAUUUGGUGUGGUAGCACUAUCGCCCGGUAGCACUCACGACAGUGAUGAAAUACUUUGAGAGGGUGGUCAUGACUAGACUGAACUCCUGCCUCAGCAAGGACCUGGACCCAUUGCAAUCACCACAAUAGGUCAAUGGCAGACGCAAUCUCAGUGUCUCUCCACAUGGCUUUAGAUCACCUGGACAGCACAAACACCUUCAUCAGGAUGCUGUUCAUCAACUGUAGCUCAGCAUUUAAUCCAUAAUUCCCACAAUCCUGAUUGAGAAGUUGCAGAACCUGGGCCUCUGUACCUCCCUCUGCAUUUGUAUCCUCCACUUCCUAACCGGAAGACCACAAUCUGUGCUGGUUGGUGAUAACAUAUCCUCUUUGCUGACGAUCAACACUGGUGCACCUCGGGUGUGUGCUUAGCCCACUGCUCUACUCACACAUGAUUGUGUGGCUAGGCAUAGCUCAAAUACCAUCUAUAAAUUAGCUGACGAUACAAUCAUUGUUGGUGGAAUCUCAGGUGGUGAUGAGAGGGUGUACAAGAGUGAGAUAUGCCAACUAGUGGAACGGUGCUGCAGCAACAACCUGGAACUCAAUGUCUGUAAGACGAAAGAACUGUUUGUGGACUUCAGGAAUGGUAAGAUUAAGGAACACAAACCAAUCCUCAUAGAGUGGAGAGAGCGAGCAGUUUCAACUUCUUGGGUGUCAAGAUCUCUGAGGACUUAACCUGGUCUCAACCUAUCGAUGUAGUUAUAAAGAAGACAAGACAAUGGCUAUACUUCAUUAGGAGUUUGAGGAGAUUUGGCAUGUCAAC